AUGGCGCAAGCCUCUGCGCAACUACUGUUCGAUGAGAGCGGGCAACCGUUCAUCGUGAUGCGCGAGCAAGAGAAUCAGAAGCGUAUCACCGGAGUUGAAGCUGUUAAGAGUCAUAUUUUGGCUGCUCGUGCUGUUGCAAACACUCUGCGCACUUCUCUUGGACCACGUGGACUCGACAAGAUGCUCGUAUCUCCAGAUGGAGAUGUGACCAUCACAAACGACGGAGCUACAAUCAUGGAAAAGAUGGACGUUCAGCAUCAUGUCGCCAAACUCAUGGUUGAGCUCUCGAAAUCACAAGAUCACGAAAUUGGGGAUGGAACCACGGGUGUCGUUGUUCUCGCUGGAGCACUUCUUGAAGAAGCUGAGAAGCUCAUCGAUCGAGGAAUCCACCCAAUCAAAAUCGCCGAUGGAUUCGAUUUGGCAUGCAAGAAGGCGUUGGAGACGCUGGACUCUAUCUCCGACAAAUUCCCCGUUGAAAAUCGCGAACGACUCGUCGAAACGGCUCAGACCAGCCUGGGAAGUAAAAUCGUAAAUCGCUCUAUUCGCCAAUUCGCUGAGAUUGCCGUCGAUGCUGUUCUCUCUGUUGCUGAUGUUGAGACAAAAGACGUGAAUUUCGAAAUGAUUAAGAUGGAAGGAAAAGUUGGAGGACGGCUUGAAGAUACCAUUCUUGUAAAAGGAAUUGUUAUCGAUAAGACUAUGUCUCAUCCUCAAAUGCCGAAGGAGCUGAAGAAUGCUAAGGUCGCCAUUCUCACCUGCCCAUUCGAGCCACCAAAGCCAAAGACUAAGCAUAAGCUUGACAUCACAUCCACCGAAGAUUUCAAGGCUCUUCGUGAAUACGAACGUGAGACGUUCGAGACUAUGAUUCGUCAAGUGAAAGAAAGUGGAGCUACACUUGCAAUCUGUCAAUGGGGAUUCGAUGACGAAGCAAAUCAUCUUCUCCAAGCCAAUGAUUUACCAGCUGUCAGAUGGGUUGGAGGUCCAGAAAUUGAACUGUUGGCUAUCGCUACGAAUUCUCGUAUCGUCCCAAGAUUUUCCGAGUUGACAAAGGAGAAGCUUGGAACUGCUGGACUCGUACGUGAGAUCACGUUCGGAGCAGCAAAAGAUCGAAUGCUUUCAAUCGAGCAGUGCCCAAAUAACAAAGCAGUCACCAUUUUCGUUCGUGGUGGUAACAAGAUGAUUAUCGAUGAGGCGAAACGUGCUCUUCAUGAUGCUCUCUGUGUUAUUCGUAAUCUUGUCCGUGACUCUCGUAUCGUUUAUGGAGGAGGAUCUGCUGAGCUCGCGGCCGCAAUUCAAGUUGCCAAGGAAGCUGAUCGUAUUGAUGGUAUUGAGCAAUAUGCUUUCCGAGCAUUUGCUGAUGCUCUCGAAUCGAUUCCAAUGGCUUUGGCUGAGAAUUCCGGACUUGCACCAAUCGAAGCCCUCUCCGACUUGAAGGCUAAACAAAUCGAGACUAAAAACUCUUUCCUCGGAAUUGACGCCGUCUUCGCUGGAACCAACGACAUGAAAGAACAAAAAGUCAUUGAGACAUUACUCAGCAAACGUGAACAGAUCUCGUUAGCUACUCAGGUAGUUCGCAUGAUUCUCAAAAUUGACGAUGUUCGUGUUCCUGAUGAUGAGAAGAUGGGCUCCUAUUGA